CUUUGGUUAUCUGUAUUUCUUGAAAUUUGGCAAUUGGUGUGAUUGGCAGACUUCAUAAAAUAAAAUUGUUUUAUAUUGUUUAAAAUAUAAUAAGCCGUUCGUUUAUAAUUUAAUUACAUAAAAUGCUCUUGACGGUAUUUAGUUUGUUGAAAUAGUUGGAUAAUAGUUUGCGAUGUAACUGUCGAUCUAGUGGCGUUUGUGGUGGACUAGUGGAGCAGGAGGGAUACGCGAGCUGUAAAGGUUUAGUAGGUCGAAGAUAGUAGGUCGUGUGGGUGUUCAAUCGGUACCUAUGUGCACGAGAAGGCUGUGUUAUGAAUGAGGAGGCUCUGUUGGCGCGGGCUUUCGAGGAGCGGGCGCGGAUCUUCCAGAGAUAUGAAAGGGGGCGUGAGAAUCUCGCUGGCCAGAUUGAUCCCUGGGAGGACCCUGAGUUUGAAGAUUACCACAAAACUGACAGAUAUGGCUUCAUUCAUGAUGAAAGACUUCUGCAGAAAACAGCGCCACAAAAAAUCAAUGUGGAAGUUGAAAGGGAGAAGAAAUGGCUCAAGAUGCUUGGAUCUUGGGAUUCACCCACCACAAUGGAAAAAUUACACAGAAGAAUAUAUAAAGGCAUUCCAAACUCUCUUCGAAUAAAGAUAUGGUGCAAGCUCUUAAAUGUUAACUCAGUAAAGUCAACUAGUCCCGGAAAAUACCAAGAGAUGUUAAAAUUAGCAAAACAAUGGUCUACAGAUGCCAGACAGAUAGAUUCAGAUGUAAACAGGCAGUUUCGUGAACAUCAGUUUUAUAGAGAGAGAUAUUCUGAGAAACAGUGCUCAUUGUUUAAUGUUUUGUGUGCUUAUAGCAUGUAUAACUCUGAAGUAGGAUAUUGUCAGGGUAUGUCAGGUUUGGCUGGUGUCUUACUCAUGUAUAUGGAUGAAGAGGAUGCAUUUUGGGCCUUAGCGAUUCUUCUGUCGGAUAAGAAGUAUGCCAUGCAUGGGCUGUAUAUUGAAGGAUUUCCAAAAUUAACAAGAUUUCUAGAGCAUCAUGAUAAGAUACUGACAAAGUUCAUGCCAAAGUUGAAACACCAUUUCGAUAAAUUUGGCCUUGAUGCCAUACUGUACUCGCUUAAAUGGUUUUUUGUAUGCUUUGUUGAACGAGUGCCCUUCAGUUUAUGCUUAAGAGUGUGGGAUAUAUACCUUCUUGAUGGAGAAAGAGUCAUUACUGCUAUGGCCUACACAAUCCUUAAACUUCACAAAAAAGCCAUUAUGAAAUUGAAUGAUAUGGAUCUAAUUGUUAAUUUUAUUCAGGUGAAGUUGCACAAGGAAUUUGGUUAUGAAGAUGAUAUGGUUAUUUAUCACUUGGAGCGAUCCAUGGAGGAGUUAAAACGGGCAAAGUUGGAUUACCCAGGUCCACCUCCUCCCACGGAAUUGCCGCAACGAGCCCUCGGCGUGUUCGUGGAACCAGACAAGAAGUCAAAAAUUGGUCAAAGAGCAGAAAAUUUUUCGGAAACUGAAAAACAAGCUAGAGCCACAGUGAUAUUGAGAGAAGAAGAAAUUUUUGUUCCUAGUGACACAUUAAAAUAUAAGUCAAAAGUAACUCAAAAGGACAACAAUAGCACAAGGCGUGAGAAGGCGGCACUUGAUUUGCAGGACUUGCGUGUGUCACAGAGCGAUACGGUUUCAGUGGUGUGUUCAGAUCACAGCGGUGUGGCGAGUGGGGUCCGCUGCGAGGACUCGGUGUCGGCGCUGGGGUCGCGGCGCUCGUUGGCGGACACCAGCGUGACCAGCACGGCCGACCUGAGCGUGUUCUCCAGCGGCCGCUCGCACGCGCCCGACAACUCGCUGGACACCCACAGCAACAUCAGCGACGACGGCACUGGGUCAGAUGGGUCAGGUAUUUGCGGUAUGAGCAUUCAGCGCGCGCCGUCCACUGCGCAUUCAACGCCAAGAGCCACGCCUCACCCGCCGUCGGUUUCGCCGCACUCUGAGGACGUAGUGCGAAUACACGUAACAUACAACCCCCUGGCCGCUAGCCCCGCGCACCUACAACCUGUCAGUCCAUCUAAGUACAAAUCGUAUGCUGACGAACAUCAUAAGCCCGUGUCUCUAGGACUCUACACCAGUAACGGCGCUCCGAAUAUCUCCUCCGAUAACAGGAUCAGGAUACAGGUCUCGUCGGACGAGCUUUUGACACCUGUCGUGGACUCUGGCCGUAUUAUAACUCAACGCUAUAUUGAAUCUCAUCCGGGAAUCUACGAGUAACUAUUGAUCUGGUAUUAUUGUUGAUAUUUUAAUGAUUGUUUAUACGUAUUUAAGUUUGUGUGUAAUAUGAAAGUAAUGUUCAAAUCCUAUUCCGAAUAUGUGUGUAGCGAAAAAGACAAUCGUCAGAUAAGUGAAAAAGUUAAAUUUAUUUUUUAUUGUAUUUUAAUAUUAGCUGUAAUAUUAUGUUCUCUAUUUGGUAGCAGUGAAGCCAUAUUUCGUGUACAAUGGCGCUCAUUCCAUAUUUGCAUGCUUAGGUUAUGCAUGAAAUAAUGAUAUUGGUAAUUAAUAAUUAUAGAUUAAUGAUAAUAAUGAUGUAUAUCGUUUGUGUAGCAAAUAUUGUUAAUAUUUGUUUGUACUGUGACAGAUCUCUAAAACAUUUUCACUAGAUCAGUUCAUUGUAGAAAUUCAUUAUUAUUAAUAUUAUCUAUCUCAAUAUAAUAUUUUUAUGUUGCCUAUGAUAUUGUUUAAGUAUUGCUCAUUUUAAUUACAUCUACUUAAUUGUAUUUGCUUAUUUUUAGAAUCUCUGAUUUUAUACAGAACUACUUUUAAAUAAGGUAAAAACUUGUUUUUAACUGAAACUCUCUUUAACAUUUUAUAAUUAAUCUUAAGAACUUUAUUUUAUUUUAUUUUUAUUUCUUAUUUACUAUUUCUUGGGAGUAGACCCAUAUUGAAAAUAUUAUUGAAAUUAUUGUAGUAUACUAAAAUGUUUUUGAAAAGUAAUACUUAUUGGACAUCGUAAUAAUAUAUUUUUUUUGGUAAGUUUUAUUCGAUAACGAAUAAGCAUUAGGAAGUUAUUAGAUUAUCAAUUAUAAUUUGAAUUCAAAUAAACAAAUUUGAGUUCAAAUUUCAAAAUGUGAGCAAUUUGAGCAAUUUGUCCUGACCUACCCUUGUUGUUGCUAUUGUGAAUGUUAUAUGAAUGAAUUGGUGUCAUCGGUGUUACGAAAUUGCCACUAAACGCACAUGUUAUACAAGGUUAAUAUUAAGAUUACAAUUUUACAUUAUGAUGUUCGUGAAAAUUAAAAUCGUUCCAUUAAAUUAAUAUUGUCGUGACAGCUAAAAUUAUUAUACAUUUGUCGAAAUUAAGUCGAAUUCAUUGAGAUUUGUUGAAUCAGUACGCUCAGAAUACAGAAAACACCAGGAACCACGUUCAGCCGUCAUUAUAAAGAAUGCAUUGUAUCCAUUGACCUGUUAUAAUAAAAGGACAAACAAUCAUGUAGAAAAUUUCACUUAAAAGCUGGCCAAUUUUGCUUUGACAGUUUUAGAAUUAUUGUUAAAAAAAUAUAUACCUAAAGGCCUUUAAAUAUAGUCAAAUAUUCAAUAAAAUCCCAAAUUCAGAGCAAAUUCAACCUUAAGGAUUGAGUUUAAGGUUAAAAUUGAAAAUGCGACUAAUGCCAUGUAAUUAAGUGCCAAGAAGUUGUGUUUGACACUCAUUGAGUGGGGACAUUUUUUGGUUGCUGAAUGUGCAUCCAUUUUUUAAUAGGAGAUCAAUGAUUGUAUCAUCACAACACGGCACACACAGAAUUACUAAUCGCUUGUUUGUGAAAUUACACCAAAAAAGAGUAAUUUCAACGGCUUCAUGGGCCUAUGCGUGAUCAUGCCAUUUGGCGUUUUCUUUGUUCUGAGCUCGUACAAUAUAUAUCCUGACCAGUAGUUUAAAAAAUCUUGCCAGUACCUUUAGAUUCGCUUAUUUGAUUACAAUCCGUAGAUAGAGAAAUAAAUAGACAACUGAUUAGCGUGCCAUUUUGUGGUAUUCGAUUUUGUCGUCAUUUAGAAAUCACAACACACACUGAACCAUUUUUUCACCAGUAUAUUUUAAACUAAUACUUAUAUAACUCAAUAUCUUUGUUUAUUUUAUAUUCUUCUUUAAAUAUCAUAAAAAAUUUGCCACACUGUUACUUGUUUAACACGUCGUUGAGCGUGAUUAAACGGCACGCGCCAUGACACCGAAUUUUACCUCUCUUUUCUUUUAACUAUUUUCUUUACAGAGUUCACGCAUAAGUUGUUUUAAUUUUUGCGAAAAUGCGAUGGAUGGAUUCGUUUUCUAUUUACUUUACUUUCUACGUUGAAACCACAUUAUGAUAAUAGAAGAAGUUGAUUCCUUUUAUUUUCGCAAGAUGGUCAAGUUUUUAUUUUUCUGGUCAGUCUAUACAUAGUUGUAUUACAAUUUGAUUGUUGAGUUGACUUGUUGCCAUAGUUAAUUUUCAAUGCAGUAAAUUGAAUAUAUAUUUUACUAUCGGUUAUAAUACUCGUUAAACGCUGCCGUAAACUAAAUGCGUGAUUAUGGUGUGACAUUAUAGGAUUGAGCUAAAAGCUAGUUUUAUUAUAAGAUCAAAGAUGAUAUUUACAUUUGCUGAAACUAGAAGCACUUUAAAUAGAUUUACUGUUAUAUAAAUUAAGAACAUUGUAUUAAAAUGAUAAUAAUUUAUAACAAUUAUUGUAUGAUAUAUUCGAUAUAGUGCCGUCACAAUGUUGUGUUUAUUUGAAACCUACAGUGAGAAAUGCAAUAAUAGCACUUGAGUAAUAAUUGUAAAUCUAGAUAUACUAGACAUAUUUAAAUGUUUCGAAUUAUAAUACUAGAAAUAAAUACGAUUGGUGAUCGAAUGGUAGAAUUGUAAGAACUUAUUGAAAAUGUUAUAAUGAGGUACAUUAGUUAAUACUAAAUAUAUAUUUAUGUAUACGAAUA